GAAGCCGGCGCCUGGUGGAGCAUGCGCAGUGAGCGCGGGGCGUCCGCCAGCGGCGUCGUGAGAGGAACUGUGGAGAAUAUUUACUGAAUGUUAAACUGCGAAGAGUUUGUAAAAUCUAGAAGCAAAACAAGAAAAAUGAGGAAGGUGGCACAUGCGGCAAACCUGGAUAAGCUGGUUGAGAAUUUUGCUGUACUGGAACAGAAAAUAGCUAAAACUCAGGGGUGGACCAAUCUAUUGGACAUUCAGCUGGAGGAAACAAAACGCCUGCUGAAACUAGCACAAACUAAGGAAAGCUGUAUGAAGGAAGAAUGUACUAUGCUGCACAGAAUGAUAGAAGGACUACAGAGCACCAUCCAGAACCAAUGUGACGUCAGAGAUGAAAAUGAACAAUUUAAAAAAUGCAUCCAGGUGCUGGAACAGAAGAUUCAAGUGGCAGAGGAGGAGAAGAAAAGCUGUGUUGAGAUGUUGGUGACAGAGAUGAAAACAAUGGAACAGAAACACAAGGUAGAGCUUGCAGAAAUUCAACAGGACAUAAGCAGGAAAUUUGAAAUAAAGGAGACUGAGAUCAAUGGCAUAAUUGACAAAAAGCAAACAGAGAUUUUGGAACUGAACAGACAGCUCCGUUUUCAGGAGAGGGAGAAACAGAGUGAGAUCAUCAAGCUACAGAUGGAGUUUAACUCCAAGCUGGUGCGAAUCCAGAGCACGUCAGUGAAAUCACCACACCAGGAUUCCUCUGCACUGCCACAGAAUAUCUUCAAGAGGAAGCUGAUGCACCUGCAAGAGGAGAAAAAUCGAGAAAUCUCAGCCCUUCGCCAGACCAUCCAGGAGCUUGAACAACAACUGAGUGGCAGCCAGGACAAUCGUCUUAAGCGACGAAGAUUUUAACACAAAAUUAUUUUUGUUCAACUAAAAGAGGUGGUUGUGGCACUGCACUGUUCAGCUCCUUGGAGGCCACGUGUAUAUUUGUUGAAUAAGUUAAAAUGUAAGAUGCACCACAUAAAGAUAUUUAGAUCACAGUUGCUGUUUGAAGGAAGUAAAAUUCAGUGGAGUGGGUGACACUGAGUGUGGAGUUAUUCAACAUGAUUGUCCAGCGCCUUGGGACGUCCUCCCGAUGUGAAAGGCACUUUACAAGUGUAAUUUAGUUGUUGUAGUGUUGGUUAAACAGACAUCAAACAGGACUCCCACUGAAUAUUACAAAUUGAAUGUUUAUUAAAACCUUCCUACAGAAGUGUUCUAGUAUGUUACAAACGUUUAGAAAAUCUGUCCCAACUUCUAUUUUGGCAGCAUUUAUCAUACAGAGAUUCAGAUUAACUAGGGUCAAUGGAUUUC